AUGAAAGAAAAAUUGGUGAAAAUAUGCGAAAAGAGGAUGGACGAUAUAGGCAGGCAAAUAGUAGUCCGCUUGAGUAACAUAAUAGAUUUGGUUGCUGCAGAAGGGAAAUAUCAUUUAAGUUGUUAUAAGAAUUUAGUGCGCGAUACUCCAGGCUCUUCCAAAGAUUCACAAGAAAAAGACGAAAGGCAAUCUGCCUUUUUAAAAUUGUGUAGCUAUAUGGAAAGCUCUGACGAUUGUCAAUUUUCACUUGGGAAGCUUGCUGAAAAAUUUGAAGAAUUUUGUGACACCAAAGAAAGUUAUGUACUAACUGGAGUUCAAGCAAAAGAUACUAUUAUCACAUUAACAGACACUGUGGAAACUAUUCUCACAGAAAAGUUUUAUACUGAGAAAUGCGACAAUAUUUACCAAGAAAAAUUGAGAAUUGUUGAAGCGGCAGCUCAAAUUAUAAGAGACGAUAUAAAAAGACAAGUUUACAAUCUAGAAAAAUAUCCUAGUUUUGAUGAAAAUAUGCGAGAUGAAUGUAAAUCAGGGAUCGAAAAGGUGAAAGUAGCCAAAGUUUCGGUAGAAGCAACAGACUUAACUAAAUCAAAUGUUCUAGAUUCGAUAAAACUAGACAUUUUAUGGACCUCUGGGUAUUGCCUAAGUAACUGCUGUACCCCGAAUUGGAACGGAGUCAUGUCGUUAGUUCUAGAAGGGACCAAACCAUUUGAGAAGUCCAAAAUAGUGGCGUUACCAUUCACAAACUUAAGUCCAACUGGUCCUUCGACCAUAUGUACAGCCUUGGAAUUUGCAUUAUCAGAGACCAGAAAAAAUCACCAACAGACUUGUAUAGUUACGUUCGACCAGCCACUAUUCCAGAAAGCGUCAGAAAUAGUGUAUGCAGAGGAAAUGCCUAUAAUUUUAAGAUUGGGCGGCUUUCACCUGCUUAUGUCUUUUAUGGGUGCUGUGGGGUUUAUUAUGACAGGAUCAGGAUUGGAAGAUUUGUGGGCACAGAUCUAUGCUAGAGUAACUGUUUCUCAUAUGGUAGCAGGUCAUGCCUAUUCAAGAGCCAUUAGGGCACACUUUCUAACUCACUGGGCGCUUACUAUUUUGAUAAUGGAUAUAUGUAACGAUCUUGACAAAACUUCCCUGAGUACCUAA